AAAAUUUCAAAUAUUAAUAGAGGAUUGUGUAGUUGUAACUUGCAGUUUUCUAUGAAUACAAACUAAGCCAGCAUUUUUUUGCAGUUGUUGCGUAUGUUUUCCUUGCAGAUGGACUGCUCAUUUUUUACAGAAAAGGACAACAUCGGUCUUUUAUGCAUCACAAACAUUGUACUAGGUAUCAUCUCUGGCCUUGGACUGAUGUUUUUAUGUAAUAACAGAAACAAAGCGGAAAAUUAUGAGAGUGUGCAGAUGCCAAUGACAAUGAACGACGAAUACUUAGGUUUUCCCACCGAAAACAGAAUACAAAGCAAUGAUUUUCGAGAGUCAAACAGAUUAAUAAGAAGGGAUUUCCAGAGAAACAGGCGAAGUGCUGAGCCUGUUUACAUAAAUAGACGCAACGAUUACUUGGACCCAGAGUUUAACAAAGGGGAAUCAAACUAUCUUAAACCUAUCCAUUAUAAGUAUGAAAAUACUGACCUAGGCCGAAAACAAGAGAGUCAUUACUUGAAUACAUGCACCAGCAAUAAGCAAUGCACUAAGGAUUCACUCGAUGACUAUCUGGAACCCCGUACUUAAUCUUUUAAAUAGGGAUAUUAUUUUCUUUAACGUUAUCAGUUGUUGUUCAUCUUCAGUUAUUAAUAUUUCAAAAUAAAUACAGCUUUAUUUUAAAUAAUAGCAUUUAUGUAAAUUGUAAUUUGUUAUUUUCAAAAAUAAUGGUCUAGUCAAAAUAUAAUGGUUGUUCUAAUUUUUGAGUGUUUUUGAGUAUUUAGCUGAUCUUCUUUACUUGUCUAUAUCAGCCAAUCAGAGUACAGCGUUUAGUUGCGUGAUGUUUUGACUACGUCAUUUUAAAUGUCAACUGCGGUUGUAACCUUAACCCAAGUCAGACAUAAAACAUAUAAAUAGCUGGUUGCACAAUUGUCUUUUCAUAUAUCUAGUCACAAAAAUAAUGUUCAAAGCCGUAACUUUGGCAGGCAAACAAAGGAAUUGUUGGAGCUAGUCAAAUUAAUAUGGCAAAGUAAUGUAGUAUGUCUAUCAUUCGUUCAGUUCUGUGUGCUUUCAUAGAUACAAACAAGAUCGAUGUUUUGAUGUUUUGAUAGAAGAAAUAAGACAGAUUUUUGAUAGUAAAUAGCAAUAUAUUUGUUUAAGCAAUUUUCGAAAAACAUAUGUCUUAAUUCCAUAAACAAAGGUAAUUCUAUUGUAAUACUUAAUUUGAUAAUUAACUAACAUUUUGUACACUGUUGAUUCAUAGAAUAUGAUGAUGUUUCCAUUGAGGUGAAGUUGCGUCUAUCAAGGUCAAGGUCUAGUAAAUUAUUCCAGAGUGUCUUUUUGGUGCAAUAACCAUUAUGACAUCGACAUUGAUUCGAUGAAUUACACGCAGACAAGUCCAAUAAGCGUAGAUCGUUCAUAUGUAGAAGUAACAGGAGAGGGAUCUAAAGAAUUUGUGCUCGCAAUCAAAAACAAAUGGGAAAUGAAACAAAUGGAAAGUAUUUCGUUAAAAAAAAACAAAUUAAAACAUUUGAUUUAUUUCCUUAAUUUGUUUUUGUCAAAUUAUAGCAAAUAAUAGCAAAUGUAAUUUCUAUUUAUCUGAACAAAUAAAUGUAUAUAAUAGAAUGAUUAUAUAUCGAGUUUCCACAUUCAUAAAGGACAAACCAU